CCCCCCCGGGACAGGAGCGGUCGCGGUGCGUUUGGCUCCCGUGGGAAGGAAGCUGGGAGGUGUCAUGAUCCCAGAGGAGAUCCAGAGGCUCCUGGAAGAUGCCGAGGACUACCUGGCAGAAGGGCUGCAGAACGAGAACCUGAGUGCUGAAGCCAGGGAGCAGAGGGAUGAGAUUCUUUUGGCCUUCCAGAGAGUCAAAGCCAGGUACCACUUGACUUUUGCACCCCGAGGGGAGGAUCAACAUGAUCCUGGCUUUGGACAGGACAGUUCUGACGAAAAUCAGAGCUGCAGUUUGGCCCCUUCCAUGACAUCCCUCCCAUCAGACCUGCAGGAGGAUGGGUUGGAGGAGAACCCACCAAAGCCUGUCCCGGAUACAGGGAACAUCCUGAAACAAGGAUACCUGGAGAAGAGAUCCCGAGAUCACAGCUUUUUUGGGGCAGAGUGGCACAAGAGGUGGUGUGUCCUCAACAGAAAGACCUUCUACUACUAUGCCAAUGAGAAAAGCAAGCAACCAAGAGGCACCUUCUCCAUCGAGCACUACAGUGCCCGGCUGGUUUCCCACCUCCGCAAAGAUUCCCGGAAAAAAUGCUGUUUCGAGUUAACCUGCCCUGGCAAACGCACCUACGAGUUCACAGCCCCAAGCCCAGCAGAGGCUGAAGACUGGGUGGACCAGAUCCAGUUCCUCCUGAAGGACCUGAGCUCCCUGACUAUCCCGUGCGAGGAGGAGGAGGAUGAGGAAGAGCUCUACAACGACGUGGAGAGCUCUGACUCCAUGAACACCUCCCACAACACCACCCUGACCCAGGAGGAGCCCAAUGUGGAGGUGGAAGGGGAGGACAUCUACGAGGUCCUGCCAGAUGAGGAGCUGGAUCCGCCCUUCCCGGAGGACAACGAGGAUGGUGGGAGUGGAGAGAGGAAGGGAGAUCCCAAACGAGAUUAUGCCAAUUAUUACCACGGCCUUUGGGAUUGCAGCGGGGACCACCCCGACGAGCUCUCCUUCCACCGGGGGGACCUCAUCUACAUCCUCAGCAAGGAAUACGACAUGUACGGCUGGUGGGUGGGAGAGCUCAACGACGAGGUCGGGAUCGUGCCCAGGGAUUACCUGGAGGCCGCCUACGAGCUGGAGGAGCGGUGAGGAGGGACAGUGACACCCCAGGCACUCCUCUCUCCCUGGCCAUGCUGAGACACCAGUGACACCAGUUCCCACCAGCAGCCCGCCCUGCCAUGAGCGCCCCUGGCACGAAGAGACCCCCACGGUGCCCGGGGGUGCCCUCCUGGGGGUCCUGGGGGAGCUGGCACCCUGCAAUAAAGGCG